UUGUGCGAGAAGAGAAGAAGAGGAAACAGACAGAGAGGAGAGAAGUAGAGUGUCGUUCAGCUCGUGUCACCCCGUCCUGUGUGUGUGUUUGUGUCUUUGUACACAUAGUGGUGUACAGGAGAGCUCUAAAGUACUGUCAUAGGGUUAACUUUUGAGCGGAUACGUCUCCCAAAAUGGACCCGUUUACGGAGAAACUGUUGGAGCGGACCCGGGCUCGCAGAGAAAACCUGCAGAAGAAAAUGGCCGAGAGACCAAAUGCAGCAAACAGACCAAUGGCCAAAAGGCCCAGAGAGCCACUGGCUGAUACUAACAGUGUGCUCAGUGAGCCAGUCAUUGACAAAGUUCCACAGCCAUCCUCCAAGCCUUCUCCUUCCAAGCGUCUAUGCUCGGGGGAAAAUAUCCAUCCAGCAGCUGGUGAGGAGAACAAAGAACCAGAGAUGAACCAACCUGUGGUCCCCAUGCUCGCAGAUCCUCCCACAGACAAGAAACCUCCAGUGGGGCCCAGCAGCAGACAUUCCUCUCUGGAGAAAACUGCUACCCGACCGGAUGUUCGCUCUCAGCCAGUGCAGCUGCAAACUGAACAGCCACAACUAGAGAAAAUAGCUGUCACUCCUGCUCCUAAUCUGAGCAGCAAAGAUGAAGAGUUGGUACCUGCCAGUCCAGCCCUCCAUAGGACUAAGGAAUACCUGGUGGAAGAGCCAACUCCCUGUGCUGCUGGCAUGAAGUCACGCCUACAGAGGCUCGCUGAGCAGAGAAAAUGUUGGGAUGGAAGUGCCCCCACCACUGAUGCCAUUCCAGACUGUACCCCGCUGUCCCUGUUAAAGAGACAAGCCGAGGACCCGCCAGUUGCUGCACCCUCCAUGUCCUCAGGAAAUCCAGUAGGGAGAAGAGGCAGACUGGCCAACCUUGCUGCCACCAUUGGAUCUUGGGAAGAUGACCUAAGCCAUGCUAAUAUCCCCAAAGAGAAUCCGAAAGAAAAGCCUGCUGCAACCAAGUUUGUGGCUGCCAACACAAAGCCAAGUGCUGCUGACAGCCAAUCAGCAUCAAGCAGCAAGUCCACAUCCAGGUUUAAUCAGCAGGCUGCAUGUCCUCCCAUCAAAUCCAGCCAAGUGGUUGCCCCAAGUCCUAAGAAAUCUGACAAUCCUGCAGCCAGAGCAGCACCCCAGACAGUAAGCAGUCCUCAGAAGAGUUCCAACCAGUCAGUGGCCUUUACCUCUAGUCCCCUGAAAAGCUACAAUCAAGGCACAACAGUCCCAUCCAGUCCCAAGAGGGCCGGUCCCUCCUCCACAGCAUCUGUGCCUCAGAGCCCCCUGAAGAGUCAGGUCCUUUCCAGGGGUCUCAACUCCACUGCCAGCCCCCAGAAACCAGAGCUUUGUGCCAAACCAGUCAUUGCUGGUCCUUCUGCCUCCCAGGAAAAGUCCACCGCUGGAGGUCCGGGCGUCAAAUCUUUCCUGGAGCGCUUUGGAGAGAGAUGCCAAGAGCGCAGCAACCAGUGUUCCCCAGCAGGGGGCAGCACCCAGGCCAAGACUCCCCAUGCAACUCAGUCAGUCACACCUAACACCAAACUGGUACAGGAGAGACUCAGAGCUGCCCAGGCAGCAAACACCACCUCUGCUGAUCUCACCCAGCGACAGAAGAUGGAGCGAGAGACUGAGCUGGCUAAGAUUCGCAGUCGCUUUCAGAAUGGGAACAAUAUGUGGAAGAACAAAGAUGAAGCGGCAGAAUCCAAGAAAAUCAACAUCGACAAGGAACAGCCCGAUAAGCCGGUACGGAGUGAGGCUGCAUCGUGUGAGCAACAGGAGGAAGCAUCAGCGCCGUCCAUUGAAAAAACUGAUACACCCACCAAAUGCACCCCCCCAGCAGGUCAUAUGUUGGUCUCACCUCCAGCACUGACAUCCAGCCCUCUGAGGGUGGUUCCCCAACCUGAGGAGAAACCAACAGAUGAGUCACCAGACAAGGAGGAGGUGGUCACAGAGAGGGAGAUGAACGUGGACCAGUCCAUCAACUCUGCAGUCAUCAACGAGCUGUUUGAUGGAGUCCUGGAUCAGGAUGAGGAUGAUGAGGAGGAAGAUGCCCUGAAUAUCUCCUCCAUGUCCCUCCUGACUCCCCUGGCAUCUGUGGUGAAGAGUCCAGAGAGGGGAAUGAUGACGUCAACACCUGCCAGUUCAUUCCUUAUAAAGUCCCCAGACAAUGUUCGCGUUCCAAGCAAGUAUCCGAGGACGAACAUAAUCCAGACUUCCUCCUCAGACCGCGUCGAGGCCUCGGAUGAAGACCGUAAACUGCCCUAUAGCAUUGACGCAUACAGGUCGACCAGAGUGAAGGAGAUGGAGCGGCCCAACGUGAAGCAGGUCAUUGUGAGAAAAGAGGACGUUUCUCAGAGAGCAGAAGAACCCAGAGGAUCCGGUCUCUUCAGCGUCAAACAGAAGACGAAGAUUUUGACAAACGAGAUGAACCUCCAGCAGACAAUCAUUCAUCAGGCCAGUCAGGCGCUCAACUGCUGCACAGACGAGGAGCACGGAAAAGGAUCCCAGGUGGAGGCUGAAGCCGAGAGGCUGCUGCUGGUGGCAAUGCAGAGGAGGGAGGCGCUGAAGGCGGAGCUGGACCGUCUGCGAGGAGGUGUGCCUGGACAGAAAAAGACCGCUGCUGCCCCGGAAUCCACCACCAUGUCCGCCUCUAAGGGUUCAAUCACCCUGCAGGGGAUUCGUCUGCCUCUCAAGGCAGACUUUGUGUGCUCUAUUGCUAACAAGCCAGAGUCGACCAAAUAUUCUUUCUUCAUCAUGAUCCGUGCUGGAGCAGAGAACACUGUGGCGACUCCACUGGCCAGCACACACCGUGGCCUCAGUGGAGACACCCUCAGCUUCCCCACCAAGUUCACAUUAUCUGAUGUCUCCGGUGACUUUGUAAUUGACAUUGAGGUUUAUUGCCUGGUGCAGAAGCCUGAGGUCUGCGGUGACAAGAAGAAGAAAGCGAGCAAAUCAAAGGCCAUCACGCCAAAGAGAUUCCUCGGCAUCACUAAAAGUGUGCAGACACCAGUUGUGGCCAGUCCAGGAGGGCCCAACGCUGUUCGCUCCAGUAACUUCGUGCUGGUUGGAUCACACAAGCUCACCCUGUCCUCAAUUGGGAAAAACAAAUUCCCUCUGGAGAAGAUCAUAUAUGAAGGAUGUGAAAGGGAACUUCUCAGUGACUUGUUUCAUACCAAGGUGCCGUUCCUGUGCCCACUAGAGGGCCACGUCUACCUCAAGAUGCAGUGUGAAGUCGGCUCAAAAGUAGAGGAGAGGGGCUUCCUGACGAUGUUUGAAGACGUAAGUGGAUUUGGAGCUUGGCACAGGAGGUGGUGCGUCCUCUCAGGAUACUGUGUCUCCUACUGGACCUACCCAGAUGAUGAGAAGAGGAAGACUCCCAUUGGCCGUAUUAACUUGUCCAACUGCACCAGUAAGAGAGUGGAACCGGCCAACAGAGAGUUCUGUGCCCGACCCAACACGUUUGAGCUCAUCACAGUCAGACCACAGAGAGAGGACGACAAAGAGACACUAGUCAGUCAGUGCAAGGACACGAUGUGUGUUACAAAGAACUGGCUGAGUGCGGACACUAAAGACGAGAGAAACCUGUGGAUGAAGAAACUGAACCAGAUCCUCGUGGAUCUGCGGAUGUGGCAGCCGGACGGCUGUUACAGGCCACUGUAGUUCCCGCGCUUUGUCACAAGCAGCCUCUUUCUCCCUUUUUUUUUUUUUAAUGUUUUUUUUGUUUUUUAGGCUGUCGAUAUCAGUGACGCAUGCAAUCACUAAGUGCAAUACGGUAUGAGAAUUGUAAAAUGUUUUUGCAAAGCACUAAGCUAAAGACGAGGGGAGUAAAAUAAAGCCAUACACUCAACACAUUUCAGGACAGUAUUUUUGUGCAGGAGCCAGAUUUUAUUGGUUUGCAGGCUCGUUUUAAGGUAUUAUUGAAUCGCUGGGUUUUUAUGUUCAUGCGUAUACGUAAGUGUGGGGGAGACGCUUGAUGUUACCGCUUCACUGCUGUAUUCAGUUAUAUAAACAGUGUUCCAGAUGACUACUCGUCUAAAGCACCACAGUUCUGUCACUGAAUUAACGCUCUUUAUUUUAUCCUGCAUGACACCACAGAAUAAUAAUGAUAACCUUUUUGAUAAGAUUUCACUUUAUAUAUAUAUAUAUUAUCUUUUAUGAUUUGUGGCAGGUGUGUUUACGUCAUUGUUGUACACAGAUGUUUGAUACAUUUUUACACUCUAAGCUUUCCUUCUGUUUGUACUCGUCAGUGUGUGUGUUUGUUUCUGUGUAAGGUGAAGUGUUGUGUAACAUGUUUUGUGUCUUGUGACCCCACAGGUUGCAUAUACUGUACGUCUGUAUAAUCUAAUGUCUUUUACCCGUGUGUAGAUAUAGGAGACGACUCUUUCUCAUAUCGUGUUGAUGACGAACGCAGAUUUCCAUUAACGCCACGCAUUUGUUUGGGUUUUAGCUUCUACAUCGGUUUACAUUGCGAACAAUCGGAUUGAGCAGGAAGUGAGUUGUGUGUUGACUUGUUUAACUGGAGUCUUCAAUUGGCCAAUUGAUGUGGAUCAUUGAGACUUCAAUAAAUUCCUGCUCUGACCAACAUG